UGUCUAAUUUUGGGGACAAUGGGUAAGUUAUAUAUUUCUUCUGUCUUUUAGAAACACCACUCACAGUUCAUUACAUUAACUAUGGAAUUGCUUUGUCUUUCAUUCCACUUUAAUUCAAACAGCUGAUCCGAUGUUGUCCUCAUCUGUUCACCAAGAGAUGCGUUUGGUGGCAGCUCACGUUGGCGACAGAGUGACAUUAAAAUGUUUCUUUAAGAGUAAUGUUGUCCCAUAUCUUUACUGGUUUAAGCAAACUGUGGGACAGAAGCCAAGACUCAUCUCGGCUUUCUACAAAUACAAAAACACCACCUUCUAUGAUGACUUCAAGGACAAUACACGGUUCAGUCUGGAAACGGGAAAUGGCAAAAACCACUUGAUGAUCACAGAUUUGCGUAUUUCAGAUUCAGCUAUUUACUAUUGUGUUUAUAAUUUACACAUAUUAGAAUUUCUAGACGGCUGUAUUGUCAUUGUAGAGGGCUCAGGUUCGAACAUCCAAGCAUUGGUCCAACAAUCAACCUCCGUCACCGUCCAGCCAGGAGACUCUGUGACUCUGAACUGUACAGUACACACUGGAAGCUGUGGCACAGAACACAGUGUUUACUGGUACAAAAAGGAAGAAGAAUCUCAUCCAGAAAUUAUUUAUACACAAGGAGUCAGGAAUGAUCAGUGUGAGAGGAAAGACAACACACAAACACACACCUGCAUCUUCAACCUGCCGAUGAAGAGUCUGAAUCAAUCUCAUGCUGGGACCUACUACUGCGCUGUUGCUGCAUGUGGAAUCAUUGUGUUUGGUGAGGGAACCAAGCUGGAGUUGGUGGAAAACUCAGAGAAACUGGACUUGGUGUCAGUGUUGAGUGUGGCCGUCACAUUCACCACAAUCUUAGUGUUUUUUUUAGUGUGUGAAAUCACCAACAUCAACAGCUGCUUCUGUACAGACACCCGAGAAAGAUUUUCAGAUCCAUCCACAAAACUUGCAGAGGGUUACCAAAAUAAAGAUAGCCCCUGUAACAACGAGUCAGGAGAGGCCAACAGGAGAGUGGAGGACAACACCCGGAGUGAAUGUGUGUACUUCAAUGUAAAGCAGUAGAGUUGGACGUUUCUGUCUCAGACUUCAUCAUUUCUCUUUUAAUGUACAAUAUGAUGUGUAAAUUCGUGCCUCGUUGUCAUGUGUGACAACUGCAUGACCUUGAUUUCCAAUAAACUUGUUGAACAUGAUUCAA